AUUUCCUAGGCGAACAGGCUAUGCUACUAGUUUCGGGAGAGAGAGAGAGAGAGAGAAUUAGGGUUUUAAGCUUGCACACCACAAUGGACGGUGACAUCAUACUUGAUUUAGAAAAUUGUGUUGCUGGUGAUGGUAACGCAAAAGGAAUGGUAAAGGGACCCAAAAUUGGAAGUGCUCCAAGGAAAAGGCUUGCUGACAUAACCAACUUGCAGCAGCAGCAGCUAAAAGCAGUAAACCAAGAUGUGAAGCAGCUGCCCAUUUGUCUUACAACUAAAGAGUAUAUUGAAAAGCUACGGAAGGAAAACAUGACACUUAUGAAGCUUCUUGUAGAAAGAAAUAAAAUUAUUGAACUGAGCGUAAUUGAGUUACAGAAACUGAGAAUCAAUUUUCUGAAAGUGCAGCAACAGAAUUUGCAACUUGCCCAAGCAAACAGCCAGAUGUUGGCGGAGCUUAAUUCAGGUAAAGACAGGCUAAAAGCACUUCAGCAUGAGCUUGGAUGCAAAAAUGGCUUGCUCAAAGCACGAAAACUAGACUUGGAGGUAGGUACAACUAAGCAUGAUGAAGCAGGGGAACUGUCUCAAGCUGAUAGGAGGGACGCUAAACCAUGCCACACCAACAGAAGACGGCAAUCCAAACGUCAAUCUUUGGCUCCUACCACUGUUAACCAAGUCCAUGCCACAGAGACGGUUGAAAUUAAGAGCCGUAAUUUGAGAAGGCGAUCUACAAGGCUUAAACCUGAAGAGCCAGAGCCAACGGAAGACAUGUUUGAGAUAGUUGACGCUUCUGGUCCUACCUCUCUUAAACCAGUCCAUCCUAAAGAGAAUAUUGGAAAUAAGAGGCGUUGUCUGAGAAGGCAAUCUGCAAGGUUUAAAUCUGAAGAGCCAGAACAAGCUGAAGAUUUGUUUGAGAUAGAGGAUGCUAAAUUUCCUGUCUCUCCUGUAGUUGAUGAUCUGGUGCAUGACAUUGGUCGAACAUCAUCAGGAUUGUCAGCCAAAAAAGAAGAUGAAGGAAAUACCUCCCUUAGAUUUGAAGCACAACAAAUGCGAAGAUCAUCUGUUGGAAGGCCAUUGCGCCGAGCAGCUGAGAAGAUUCAGUCCUACAAGGAAACUCCUAUCAAUGUGAAGAUGCGACGGCAGGAAUGAUACUAAGGAUGCAACAAAAAAAUUAACUCAAUUUAGUUCAUUGAGUUGCACUUGAAUAGACUAAACUCUCUCAAAUCUGUGUGUGUGUGUGUGUGUUAGGGGUUUCUCUUUGAACCUAGGUAAUAAGUUGUUAAGAGUAGAACUUAGUAGUAUAUACAUUAAAGGAGGAUUUGUUCCAAAUCUAAGGUAUGUCGCAUCUUUUAUAAGAUAUAUUUAUUGCUAACCAAAUCUCUAAU